AUGUCAGCCUUAGCAAAACCAGCAGGUAGAACUAUUUUAGCUUCCACUAUUGCUAAACCAUAUAUUGAAGAAGUUACCAAUGGUCUUAAAAAAUUAUCAUUCACACCAAAAUUAGUUGGUUUCUUGGCAAAUGAAGAUCCAGCUGCUCAAAUGUAUGCCAAUUGGACUGGUAAGACUUGUGAAUCAUUAGGAUUCAAAUAUGAAGUUGUCAAAGUCAAUAAGAAUGAUUUAGAGAAUGAAUUAAUUAAAGCAAAUAGAGAUGAUAAUAUUAAUGGUAUUAUGGUUUAUUUCCCAGUAUUUGGUGAUAGUCAAGAUCAAUAUUUACAACAAUUAAUUUCCCCUGAAAAAGAUGUUGAAGGCUUAAAUUUAAUGUAUUAUCAAAAUUUAUAUCAUAAUGUUAGAUUCUUAGAUCCUCCGCAUAAUCAACAAAAAUCAAUUUUACCAUGUACUCCAUUGGCAAUGGUUAAGAUCUUAGAAUAUUUGGGCGUUUAUAAUACAAUUUUACAUUAUGGUAAUAGAUUAUAUGGGAAAAAAGUUCUUGUUGUAAAUAGAUCAGAAAUUGUGGGUAGACCAUUAGCUGCUCUCCUAGCAAAUGAUGGAGCUACUGUUUAUUCAGUAGAUAUUCAUAAUAUUCAACAAUUCACUAGAGGUGAUGAUUUACUGGAACAUAGACAUAAGGUGGUUGAAUUGGAUCCAAAAGAACAUACUCUUGAAACUUUGGCUCCAACUUGUGACGUCAUAAUUACUGGUGUUCCAUCUGAAACUUAUAAAUUCCCAACUGAAUUAGUUCGUCAUGGAGCUGUAGUUAUUAAUUUCGCUAGUGCAAAGAAUUUUAAUGAUGAUGUUAAAUUAAAAGCUGGAUUGUAUGUUCCUUCUAUUGGGAAAGUAACAAUUGCAAUUCUUUUAAGAAAUUUAUUAAGACUUAUUGAUAACAAAGAGAUUAGGAAUGCAAAGAAGACAGCCGAAGCAGAGGAGGCCGUUUCAGGAACCGCUGAUUCCAAUUAG